AUGGGCAUUAUCAAAUGGUCACUACCGGGUAUAUCCAAUGUUAAACGUCGUCUUUGUUUUUUUGAACGUAAGCGUGAGAAUCUACCUGGAUACAAACCACCUGAAGCUGGUGGGUUGGAGGAUCCUACUUCAGAAUACAUGAAUCUAUUAGGAAUGAUAUUCAGCAUGUGUGGUCUUAUGCUAAAGAUGAAAUGGUGUGCAUGGAUAGCUGUCUAUUGUUCUUUUAUUAGUUAUGCAAAUUCAAGAUCUUCUGAAGAUACCAAACAAAUGCUCAGUAGUUUCAUUGAGAAUAAUGUGAAUAAGAAUAAAGUGAACAGUGAGAAUAAUGUGAACAGUGAGAAUAAUGUGAACAGUGAGAAUAAUGUGAACAGUGAGAAUAAUGUGAAUGAGAAUAAAGUGAACAGUGAGAAUAAUGUGAAUGAGGAUAAUGUGAAUGAGAAUAAAGUGAACAGUGAGAAUAAUGUGAAUGAGGAUAAUGUGAACAGUGAGAAUAAUGAGAAGAAUAAGAAUAAAGUGAACAGUGAGAAUAAUGUGAACAGUGAGAAUAAUGUGAAUGAGAAUAAUGUGAAUGAGAAUAAUGUGAACAGUGAGAAUAAUGUGAACAGUGAGAAUAAUGUGAAUGAGAAUAAUGUGAACAGUGAGAAUAAUGUGAAUGAGAAUAAUGUGAACAGUGAGAAUAAUGAGAAGAAUAAGAAUAAAGUGAACAGUGAGAAUAAUGUGAACAGUGAGAAUAAUGUGAAUGAGAAUAAUGUGAAUGAGGAUAAUGUGAACAGUGAGAAUAAUGUGAAUGAGAAUAAUGUGAAUGAGAAUAAAGUGAACAGUGAGAAUAAUGUGAAUGAGAAUAAUGUGAAUGAGGAUAAUGUGAACAGUGAGAAUAAUGUGAAUGAGAAUAAAGUGAACAGUGAGAAUAAUGUGAAUGAGAAUAAUGUGAAUGAGAAUAAAGUGAACAGUGAGAAUAAUGUGAAUGAGAAUAAUGUGAAUGAGGAUAAUGUGAACAGUGAGAAUAAUGUGAAUGAGGAUAAUGUGAACAGUAAGAAUAAUGAGAAGAAUAAGAAUAAAGUGAACAGUGAGAAUAAUGUGAACAGUGAGAAUAAUGUGAAUGAGAAUAAUGUGAACAGUGAGAAUAAUGUGAAUGAGAAUAAUGUGAACGAGGAUAAUGUGAACAGUGAGAAUAAUGUGAAUGAGAAUAAAGUGAACAGUGAGAAUAAUGUGAAUGAGAAUAAUGUGAAUGAGGAUAAUGUGAACAGUGAGAAUAAUGUGAAUGAGGAUAAUGUGAACAGUGAGAAUAAUGUGAAUGAGAAUAAUGUGAAUGAGAAUAAAGUGAACAGUGAGAAUAAUGUGAAUGAGAAUAAUGUGAAUGAGAAUAAUGUGAAUGAGGAUAAUGUGAACAGUGAGAAUAAUGUGAACAGUGAGAAUAAUGUGAAUGAUAAUAAUGUGAACAGUGAGAAUAAUGUGAAUGAGAAUAAUGUGAAUGAGAAUAAAGUGAACAGUGAGAAUAAUGUGAAUGAGAAUAAUGUGAAUGAGGAUAAUGUGAACAGUGAGAAUAAUGUGAAUGAGGAUAAUGUGAACAGUGAGAAUAAUGAAAAGAAUAAGAACAAAGUGAACAGUGAGAAUAAUGUGAACAGUGAGAAUAAUGUGAAUGAGAAUAAUGUGAAUGAGAAUAAUGUGAACAGUGAGAAUAAUGUGAAUGAGAAUAAUGUGAACAAUGAGAAUAAUGUGAACAGUGAGAAUAUUAAAGUGAACAGUGAGAAUAAUGUGAACAGUGAGAAUAAUGUGAACAAUGAGAAUAAUGUGAACAGUGAGAAUAAUGUGAAUGAGAAUAAUGUGAACAGUGAGAAUAAUGUGAAUGAGAAUAAUGUGAACAAUGAGAAUAAUGUGAAUGAGGAUAAUGUGAACAGUGAGAAUAAUGUGAACAGUGAGAAUAAUGUGAAUGAGAAUAAUGUGAACAAUGAGAAUAAUCCAAAAAUGAAUUUGUAA